AUGCCGGAGAAUGAUUUGGAAAAGCCGCAGGAAACCGAACUCAAGGAUGACUCCUCCAACUCGGGUAAGGGUGAAUCGACCAAGCAAACUGUCAAGGGUACCCACAAGACUAAACACUGGAGAAUUGAAACGUAGGUUUAGUUUUGGCUUAGGUUUAGGAUUUUUGGGGCAGUUUUUGUAAUAGUACUGAUAAGGGUUUUUUGUUGGCUUUUAAAUGAUUUAUAGUACUAGUACUAUCAAAUAUAAUACUCUUUUAUUGCUAAAAAUUGUGUUUUGGUAAUGUAAGACGGUUUCAUAGCAUUACAAGGUCUUGUCAUAGUACUACAAGGUUUCAUUUUACUUCUACAUCGAGUUAUUCUACUAUAACACGUCAUUAACACAAAUAAUACCACCAUUUCAGCCCCAUCAACACCAAGCACAAGAUGCCACCGAAGGGCUGGGUCAAGAUCUACGUUCGAGUUCGUUUCUCGCCCACUGAAGUUCGCUACAUGAAGUUGAAAUACGACGAAAACAAGACUCCGGCCGAAAAUGACAGGAAUGUACGGCACAUCUUCGAACUCUGGGAUGGAUCAAUCGUGAAGGAUGCCGACUUCAGACAGAUCAAAUCAUCGCUGUUUUCGGUUCUGAAGGUCAAUGGACAACGUCAAGUGCUUCAGGUGAGGAUUUUGAAGCUUUUUACUCUAUUUUGAACUUUUUUGAUUUUUAAGCCAAAAAUUUAUGUAAGCCUAGCGUUUUUAAGCCUAAAUUUUAUAAAAGCCUAGCGUUUUUAAGCUUACAAUUUGUGUAAACCUAGCGUUUUAAGCCUUAAAUUUAUGUAAGCCUAGCGUCUUUAAGCGUUUAUUUUAGUUUAAGCCUAGCGUUUUUGAGCCUGAAAUUUGUGUAAGCCUAGCGUUUUUAAGCCUAAAUUUUGUGUAAGCCUAGCUUUUUUAAGUCUAGAUUUAUGUAAACCUAUCGUUUUUAAGCCUUAAAUGUAUGUAAGCUUAGCAUUGUUAAGCUUAAGAUUUAGUAAGCCUAGCGUUUUUAAGGCUUAAAUUUAUGUAAGCCUAGCAUUUUUAAGCCUAAGAUUUAGUAAGCCUAGCGUUUUUAAGGCUUAAAUUUAUGUAAGCCUAGCAUUUUUAAGCCUAAAUUUUAGUUAGCCUAGCGUUUUUAAGAAUAAAUUUUAGUUUAAGCCUAAAUAUUAAAUGUUAUACCUAAAAUGACCUUUUAAUUCAAAAACCUAAAAAAGAUGUAAUUUUCAGGACAUGAUGGGUGCCAAUUGCGUAGUGGAAGCUCCACAGUACAUUCGCGUCAAAGUUCCAUUCGCUGACAACCCGACCGCCGCCAACACUGCCACUCUGACAUCGUGCGCCGAAAUCCUCGUCACUCCGGCCAAUUGA